CACCGCGACGUCACUGCCUGCAUUGGCACUUAGCAAUUCGCAAAAAAGGACACACUCGAAUCCACUUGUGGCCUUACCUCGCGUAAUUUACUAGUGUAGUGCGAUGGGAAGUCAUCACAGCCAUGAAGAGAAGGGUGAGAAGCAGGAAAAGGGGGGAAGCGGGCUGAACACGCCGCGAGGGGGUUCUCGGCGCGGGACCGUCACAUCUGUGCCAAGAUCAGGAUCUGGAGCUGAUAUCCAGGAGCCAGAGAAGCCUCAGACGUCCAUGGUGCCCGUGGAGAAGCUUGGGAAGCUUCUCGCACAAAGAUCUCAGAAAGAAGAUGGAGUUAACGGCGUUACAGAGAAAUCGUUUACAAAAUACCUGUUCCCCAUGUACCCUGAGCUGGCCCACCAGUUCUACGCAUACAUCCACAAAGUGGGCAAGUCCAAGAACCAGCACAUCCCCACGUCCGUCUUCAGGGUGCAGUGCGAGAAGAUACUGGGCAUGUUGGACGAUGCGGCCAUUAUAGAAACAUACGUCAGAAUGUUCUCUGUGGAAGAAGAAGAAGAAGGCACAGUAUCGGCAGCCGCUCUGCGAGCCCUCCUCUACACCAGCUACAAACUAUCCAUGGACCACUACCCUGAUGGACCGCAGACCUGUCUUGCAAUAAACAAGGUAUUGAAUUCCGUGGUGAACGGCUGCUUUAACAAAAAGGACUCGCAUUCCGUGGGUUUUGUGGUGCGCUGGCUGGAGCAGCAUUGCCACCGUCUCAUCUUUCCUGUUCACAGAUACUGCGUCCACAUGCUCGCCACCCGACACCGCGACAUUUCCGCGCACGUAGAAUCAGACGGAGCCGGCGCGGGACUCGAACUGGCUACCCCUGUUCUAGAGCGAGCAAGGGCUGGCGUUGGAAACUUGCUGCCCCCUAGUGGGGCUUGGUUGUUGGCUGGUACCGCCCCUCCACUCUACAGUAGACCGGUACAGCCUCCCCCGCUACCACAACAGGAUUUGGCCUCAACAAGCGAUCCACAGACGGGUGCCCUAGCAUCAACAGCAUGGUUGGCGCGACUGGUGUGUGCGCUACCCUCCCACUGGGCCCCGUUAUACAACUCCAACGAACACGGAUUGGGUGCUAAUAGAUUCCUACACCACACACUCAACUACAGGGGCCCGACGCUGGUGGUGGUGGCCGGUGGCGAGGACUUGAAGGUGGUCCUGGCCUGUCCUCAAGAGUGGCGCGAGACGCACACAUACUGGGGCACAGCUGACUGUGCCCUCAUACAGCUUUUCCCCACGUUCUCAAUAGUGGAACACGCUCCUAAAAUGAUCUACCUGAACACAUCGAUCCGCGGCUACCCGAAGGGCCUGCGGGCGGGUAGCGACCCGCGCAAACCUUUACUUAUCAUCGAAGAAGGCUUCGACAAGAUGUCCUUCAACAGCGUGCCUUAUUCAUUGCGAGCGAUCGAGGUGUGGGGCUGCGGCGACCAGACCUCAAGAGAGAACCAGCUCGAAGUGAAAAAGUGGCAAGUGAGAGAAGCUGAGAGACAACGACAGGUAAAGCUAUCUGCCGCCGACUGGAUCGAACACCCCGACCGCUAUCUACUCGAGCUCGCUGGCCGACCACAAUAUAAUAACUCGGCCAGCUAG